AUGCACCGCGUUUUCCUCGUGCGAUCCUCUGAUGCGAUGGCGACGACGACCUCGACGGACUCCGAUGUGGACUGCAAUCACGGAGUGUGGAAUGCGACCACGCUCACCUGCGACUGCGAUGCUGGCUGGAACACCGACUGGUUAAACCAAGACGUGCUCGGCGGCAACUAUGUCUACUGCAACAGUCAAGCGUCAACGCCGCCACCUAGUAACUCCAGCGCCGCCACUACAUCGUUCUUGGCAGACAAGAGUAUCCUGAUCAUGAUCGUGGCCCUUGCUGUUGUGUUGGCUGCGUUGUGCGGGAUAGUUGUAUUUUACUGCUACUGGAAGAGACUACGACGCGCUAAGGAAGAGGCGAAGGGGGCGCAAAUCGUGGCAGCCGCAAAUGAGGAAGCGGGGCGACAAGAAGCGCUGCAACUGCAGCAGAUGCAGGAGGCAGCACUCCAACAACAGCUGUGGGCCGCGCAGUUAGAGGCGCAGCGCCAAAAUCAAGCACUGCUAAACCAUCUCGUGAGCAUGAGUACCAUGCCAGCCGCCUCGAGCUCACAGCUCUCGGCAUCAUCGCGACAUCGGCGGCACUGGCAUGAGAUGCUUCCGCGACAUCAGGGCGAAGUAGCCUACGCAUGCGACGCCAACUAUGAGGGCGGCAACUCGUUGGCAGAAACCUUUGACGGAUGGGGCUCUCAGGAGCCGCUCGUGCAGUGCCCUAGUUCCUACCGCCGCGGUGCCCCGCUGUCGACCACAGACGGCUACAACAACUACUCCGAUAUUUUGCCCUCGUACUACACGACUACAACAACGGAGGCACCACGAAGAGAAGCGCACUCUCCUCCUCCUUAUGCGCAACUCGCCUCUCGCCAUCCGCCAUUCUGA